AAUAGGCUAUAAUUUGUUUAAUUUGACAGAUAUUGACAAAAUGGCUGGAGACAUUGAGCCUCUAUGGGCAGUGUUCUGUGCUACCUUUGCUGAAGCAACUGUGCAAGGCAGUGGCUGUAAGGUUGUUGGUGUCUGUUGUGAUGGCAACCUCUGAACCCGGUGAUGGACACCAAUGAUAAAGGGAGCCUUCAAGUUGAAGAAGGAGGCCUUCUCAGUUUGGUUAGCUUAUGGGACUCUUGAUGCAGUUGACCAACAAACUAAGUGGAAUGCAGAAACUAAGUGGAAUUCAGCAACUAAGUGGAAUGCAGCAACUAAAUGGAAUGCAGCAACUAAGUGGAAUGCAGCAACUAAGUGGAAUGCAGCUUUAGCAGUUGCAGAAGCAAAAACUCUGGUGUGGGAGGAGAAUGGUGAGGUCAUGGAAAAUGACUUUGGGUCAACCUUAAAGAGAUUCUGGGAAAUAGAGGACUAAGUUGGGGAAGCAGCUUUGCCAUGCUGUUUACAGGAUGGAUUGAGUACUGUUGACUUCAACUGGAGAUAUACUCUGAUGGUGGAUGCAGUACUUUGAGGACCUGCCAAAUACCACUGACAUGCCUUCCUUGGAGGAAGUACAGUCAGAAGACGCAGAGAAGGACUUGCCCAUCACUAAAGCUUAGGUCACUGAAAUAGUAAAAAAACUCUUUGGUGGUAUGCCCUCGGGGGGUGGAUGAGAUUCACCCCAAGUUCUUGAAGGCUGUUAAUGUUUUGGCCAGUCCUAGCUGACACACCUCUUGCACUUUGCCUGGAGGUUGGGGACAGUGCCUAUGGACUGGCAGACUGGGAUGAUGAUGCCAGUUAUUAAGAAAGGGGCCCGGAGGGUGUGUUCCAACUUCGGGGGUAUCUUCAGCCUACCUGGGAAGGUCAAUGCCAGAGUACUGGAGAGAAGGCUCCGUUGGUUAGUCGAACCCCAGGUCCAGGAGAAUUGUCAUGGAACCCUGGAUUGGCUGGAGGGUUCUGGGGAAUUUGCCCAGCCAGUCUACAUUUGUUUUGUGGACUUGGAAGUAGCAUAUGACCAUAUCCCUCGGGUGGUCUUGUGGGGGUGUGUUUUGAGGGUAAUGGGGUACAGGAUCCAUUGUUACGUGACAUUAGGUCCCUGUAUAAGUUCAACAAGAGGUUUGCGUUGCCGGAAGUUAGACAGAUUUGUUCCCGGUGGAUGCCGGACUCAGCCAAUGCUGACCUUUGUCACCGAUUCUGUUCAUAACUUUUAUGGACAGUAUUUGUAGGUACAGCCAAGGGCAUGGAGGGAGUUGACCUCAGGAUCUUGUCUAAUUUUUGUAGAUUCAAUGGAAGAAUUUAAGUAUCUCUGGGCAAUCUUGUUGGCAUCUUGUUGGCAAGUGAAGGAAGAAUGGAGUAGAAAAUAAACAGGUGGAUCAGUGCAAUGUCAGUUAUAUGGACAUGAUACUGCUCUGUCCUGUGAAAGAGAGAGCUAGGCCGGAAGUUGUAUAUUUUGCUUUACUGGUUGAUCUAUAUUCGUACCCCGACUCAUGGUCACAUGUUUUGGGUAGUGUUCGAAAGAAUAAGUAGAAGCGGCAGAAAUGAGCUUCCUUCACAGAAUGUCUGAGCUCAACCUUAGAGAUAGGGAGGGGAGCUUUAUAAUUGGAAUGCUCCUCUUCGUCAAAUGAAGCCAGCUGAAGUGGUUCAGGGAUCUGUCUACGAUACCUCCUGGUCGCCUCCCUUGGGAGAUGCUACAGGCAUGUCCAACCUUGAGGAGAUCCCCAGGCAGAUCCAGGACAUGCUGGAGAGAUUAUUUCUCUCGGUAAAUAAUUUAAAUCAAAGGUUUAAAUCAAACUCCCAACACUCAUUGGGUGCUCCAACAGGUGGCUGCCCUUCACAGCCAACUUGCUCUCACCUACAUAGACCAAAUUGGGAGAAUAUCCCUACAGGGGUCAACAAAGUAUCUGUUAUUAAUUAGCAUUUUAAUUGCCCUGCAGAAACAUAAAAUACAUACAAAAUGAUGCUGUCACGCCCAGCUCGUACGAUCCUCGUGUGUGCCACGCCCCCCUGUUUAUCCAUGUGUGCUUCCCUGAUUGUACCCUGUUCUCUUGUCUAUUUCAGUCCAUGUUUUGCCUUAGUUCAUGGUCUGUCAUUGAUGUUAGUUGAUGUCUGGUGUUUCCUGCUCCCCGUUCCCGAUUAAACCCUCGUUUUUCCCCGAUCCUGCCUGCCUGCCUGCUUUUCUGCCCGUCUGCCUGCCCGUGCGCAUUACCCGGGCUCACCGAACGUAACAGAUACAAAUUUUGAAGAUAUUUUAAAAGUUAAUGUCUUCAGUCCUAUUUAUGAUAGAAUUAUACAAUUUUUCAUUGUAAUUUUGUUUAUUAAAGGUGAAUCCAGAUCAAAUUUUAGGUUUAUUCAGACAAGCCUGCCCUCUAGAGGACAGUAGUGAUUGAUGGAAUCUGAAUUAUUGUCAGGUGAGCCCUACGGGGGUCACUCUUCAAAUAGUGAAGUAUUAGCCCCUUCAGGCAGCCUUCUGGCAUCAGCUGUAUUGUUCAUUAUGUUGGUAGAGGGCACAUAAAUGGAAUUUCCAUUAUUUUUUCCCGUAAGUUUAAUUGUCAACAUGAGGUCUAUUUCAGACUCAGACCAGGCCAACCACUGGUAAUUUUAUUUAUAGUUAAAAAUUGUGAAGAGAAUAAUAUACCCAAGUGGGUCAUACUGGGCUAGCAAGUGUAUUUAUAUACAAAUUCCUCAAAGCUGGCUGGACCAUCUCUAAAGCGUGGUGCUUGUAGCGCAGUGUGUCAUCAAGGCAGUUCCACUGCAGGCCAAAGGUUAGCUCUUGGAGGUCAGAGCUAUUCUGAGACAAUCAGUGUUCACUGCUAGUUGAUCAGGCUCCUGCAGUGAGGUGUUCAAUGACAGAAGGAAUAUUAUAAGCCCACUGCCUGAUCUGAAAUCCUCCCUCUGCUAUUAGCUGGCAUAGACUAUCAACCACAUCUCCGGCCUCCUCUGGCAUAGGAGUACUAUGGAGGCAAUCGUCCACGUAGAUGUUGGAGUUCACUAUAUCGGCUGGCUUAGAUGCUUUAUCUGUGUGCUCACGUGCAUGGUGGUGGAGGGCGUACACAGCACAGCAAGGACUACAUGUUGUCCCAGCGAGCAACACCUGCCUUUUAUAAAUACUGGGCCCAUUCUUUCGAUGUAUCUCUUGCCAGAUGAAUCAUAAUAGUGGUCUAUCAGCAGGAAGGAGAUGUACCUGGUGCAACAUACUCUUAAUGUCACCACUCACUGUUACACUGUUCAUUCAGGGAUUGCCCCUGGUACUGGAAUGAGCAGUUAAAGACAACUCUGUCUUUGGCAUUGUGGUUCACCUUAUGGUGUGGAAUGAUCUCAGGACUCAGUGGUCUUACUGGCUUCCUCUGGUGAAAUCUUUGCUAUGUAUCCAGCCUGUUCCUACUUAGAGAUCUCUGAACAGUAAGAUUCAUCCUGUUUGGGGUCCCUGAUGUUCAGUGCUACGUAGACUUGGGAGUAUAGCUUCCUUUGAUGCAUAUGGAAUAUUGCCUGGAGUGUACCAUAGUAGAAGGGUGGCAUAACGCUGUACAUCCCCUCUCUCUACUCAGAUGGUUGCUGUCUGAAACAGGGCGUGGGCUUGUUGAUCUUGCUUGGAUCUGGUGACAACUUUCUCACUGUAAGGCAGGGUGUCAAUUUGCUAGUGCCGUUCCAUGUGUCGGUGAAGCUCAUCAAAUGAUGAAGCUGUGGUGGACAUUGUUGCACACUCCAUGUGUUCUGGAUGAAACUGGCAGGUUCUUGGAUUAACCAUCGGUGAUGAACGGUGUGCACACAGCAAUCGGUCCGCCUUCUGACCCUUUAAGUACUGGCUGCACAAGAGUCAGCAGGUGUGGUUUUUCAUAGCUGAUCAGGAGAAGGGGUCAGGCAUGAUCAAUUGGGGGCAGUGGUAGUCCCCUAAGAUACAAUAGUUCACCAUGAUCCAUCAUGGAGAACGACAUGGACCUCCAUACUAUUCAUCACCAUUGUGGAUGAGGAUCUUCACAACCUUUAGCAUGACCCUCUGAGAGUGCUUUGGUCUACAGGUAGAUGGUAGGCUUACUAUCUGGUAGGUAGUACAGUAGUGCUUGAAAGUUUGUGAAACCUAUAGAAUUGUCUAAAGUUCUGCAUAAAUAUGACCUGAAACAUCAUCUAUGGGUUUCUAUGGGUAAAUUCUUAUGCUGGAAUUCUGUGUUUUCCUGUCUCCAAACAUAUCACUUCUCAUUCAAACCAAAAAGUACUACUUUGGUCUCAUCCAUCCACAAGACAUUCUUCCAAUAGCCUUCUGGCUUGUCCACCUGACCUUUAGUAAACUGUAGACAAGAGCAAUGUUCUUUUUGGAGAGCAGUGGCUUUCUUCCUUUGAUCGUGCCAUGACACACUUCCAGAAACAUGUCUUAACACUUUGAUAGAUCGUUGUUCUUUAAAUAACACAGGGUGCCCACACACACCUGAUUGUCAUCCCAUUGAUUGAAGACACCUGACUAAUUUCACCUUCAAAUUACCUUCUAAUUCCGCAGGUUCACAUACAUUUCCACUGACAGAUAUGUAAUAUUGGAUCAUUUUCCUCAAUAAAUAAUUGACCAAGUGAAAUAUUUUUGUCUCAUUAAUUUAACUUGGUUCUCUUUAUCUACUUUGAGAAUCUGAUGAUGUUUCAGGUCAUAUUUAUGAUGAAAUUAAGACAAUUCUAAAGGGUUCACAAACUUUCAAGCAGCAAUGUAGGCUUAUUGCAAUUCUUAGGUGCAACUCUUUGCAUACCUUACAUGGACCUUUCAGGUUUUAAGUGUAUACAGUAUGGGUUCUACCACAUCUCCAACAUUUCUUACUGUCCUUGAUCCAGGUGACAAUCUGGCAGGUUGUCGGUUUAUUAAACUCAACUUUUUAAAUUGCACGGCUGGCAAUACAUUUAGCUUAUGACCUUCUCUGCAGCCACGCCGCUAGGUCAAGAAGUGUGUAAGUCUUGUCUGUACCCAUCUUAAGGAUACCUCAGUUCAGACAAUACUCAACAAAGCUGUCAUAAUAAGGGGGAGGCAUCUUGCUCAAUAAGAAAUCAACAGGUGAGCCGCACAUAAGUUCAUAGCCAUUCACUCCAGGGUCUACAACAUGCCCACUAGGGGCAGAACUGACAGGGCAAAGGCAUCGAAGACAUUAGUGUCACCCAUUCUGAGUGGUGAUGCAUUCAGGAUAGAACCCAAUUUUGAUUGCACAAGCUGUCAUAGUUAGCCAUACUUCUCCUGAAACGUCUGUAGUACUGCAGUAUAGGGUUGGGAAUCAUGCUUAUAGGCUCUUGCCAACUGAAGAGCACUGGGGAAUUUAAGGUGGCUAAGCAGGACCUAAUACUUGUACUGCUGAUUACUCAAGAAGUUGUCCAGGGCCAUCUUUAGCAGUGCAAACUCGCUUUUUCUGCUGCCCUCAAAUGCUGGCAGAUUAGGUCUGGGAAUGUCAUAGGCAGGUGCAAUUAGUAGUUCUGCUCAAAACUGAGGCUGAUGACCAGGGAGCUAGGAUGAGCCAUAAAUUAAAUUAAAUUAAAUUAAAUUUAAAUUAGAUUUCAGUAUGUGUCCAUUCAUAAUUACCUUUUUAAAUGUGACAGCACUAAGGGAACUAAUGGUAACAUAUAAAUGGUGCAUAAAUCAGGUCGCUCCCCCUGGUCACAACAAAAUUUAAACAGUAUUUAACGAGGGGAUCCCCUGCCCCACCACCUACAGUGAAAUUUACCCCAGGUGCCUGACAUGAUAAGUGAUGAAUGAGUGGGCUGUCUGGUUGGAAAGUUUGCAAAACACUGGCUUAAAGCACGUGCUAAAAAUGUGUCUGUUGUAUUUAUUAUUUCUACAGUAUUAACAUAUUAUGCAAGUGUAUUUCAUAGAUAUAUAUUGUAAUAGGGGCUAGUAGUUAGUGUGAGGAUGUGCCCGUACCUCUGAUGGACUGGACGCCUACCCGCAGUGUUCCCGUCUCAUGCACUAGGUUGAGUAAGCAAGGGGAAUAGUAAAAGGAAUAUGAGCGACAUCAAGUUUUUGAGUUUAAUUUGUCACACACACAAAAAUAUACCAAGUGAUAUACAAUUGCCACAUGUUCACUAGAUUGUGCUUAAAGACACAACACAAAAAAGAAAAUACAAUAAGAGAAAGUAAAAUAUAAAAGUAGUAAUACUAAUAUUUCUAUUUCCAUAAGACAAUGUAAGUUAUCAGAUGUAGAAUGAGGAAUAGUUUUUCAGUGCUGGUCUUCAUUUGGCAAUAGUACCUCCUUAGCUACAGUAGAGAAAAAAUGGCUAUUGUUGGGUUUUGUUGUUCUUGGUCAGGAUGUUCUUAAUGAUGAGAGUGUACAGCCAUGGCCAAAAGUGUUGAGAAUGACACAAAUAUUAAUUUUCACAAAGUCUGCUGCCUCAGUUUUUAUGAUGGCAAUUUGCAUUUAUUCGAGAAUGUUGUGAAGAGUGAUCAGAUGAAUUGCAAUUAAUUGCAAAGUUCCUCUAUGCCAUGAAACUGAACAUAAUCCAAAAAACCCAGUUCAACUGCAUUUCAGCCCUGCUGACAUCAUUUCAGUGAUUCUCUCGUUAACACAGUUGAGAGUGUUGACAGGGACAAGGCUGGAGAUGUCACUCUGUUAUGCUGAUUGAGCAGACUGGAUGCUUUAAAAGGAGGGUGGUGCUUGGAACCAUUGUUCUUCCUCUGUUAACCAUGGUUACCUGCCAGGAAACACAUGCAAUCAUCAUUGUUUUGCACAAAAGGGCUUCACAGGGAAGGAAUCAUACUAAUCAACCAUUUAUUGGAUCAUCAAGAACUUCAAGGAGAGAAGUUCAAUUGUUGUUAAAAAGGCUUCACGGCGCCCAAGAAAGUCCAGCAAGCACCAGGACUCUCUCCUAAAGUUGAUUCAGUGGGAUCUGGGCACCACCAGUGGAGAGCUUGCUUUGAAAUGGCAGCAGGCAGGUGCGAGUGCAUCUGCACGCACAGUGAGAUAAAGACUUUUGGAGGAUGGCCUGGUGUCAUGAAGGGCCGUAAAGAAGCUACUUCUCUCCAAGAAAAACAGGGACAGACUGAUAUUCUGCACAGGGAUUGGACUGCUGAGGACUGGGGUAAAGUCAUUUUCUCUGACAAAUCCCUUUUCCGAUUGUUUGGGUCAUCCAGAAAAAAGGUGAGCGCUACCAUCAGUCCUGUGUCAUGCCAACAUUAAAGCAUCUUGAGAUCAUGUGUGGGGUUGCUUCUCAGCCAAAGGAGUGGGCUCACUCACAAUUUUGCUUAAGAACAUAGCUAUGAAUAAAAAAUGGUACCAAAACAUCAUCUGACAGCAACUUCUUCUAACCAUCCAAGAACAGUUUUGUGAUGAACAAUGCCUUUUCCAGCAUGAUGGAGCACCGUGCCAUAAGGCAAAAGAGAUACCUAAGUGUCUCGUGGAACAAAACAUCAACAUUUUGGGUCCAUAGCCAGGAAACUCCCCAGACAUUAAUCCCAAUGAGAACUUGUGGUCAAUCCUCAAGAGGUACCUAGCUAAGCUCUCAGCCAUGGGAAGUAUUUCUGAGGAGGAGACAUGUGAAAAACUAAAAGGCCUGAUCCAGAAGCAGGUACAGAUCUGUAAGCGCAAUGUGGAAGUCAUGGACGCCGUUCGGCGGGGAGCCCAGCUUGCUAUAGAUGAAUGCCAAUUCCAGUUCCGCAAUCGUCGCUGGAACUGCUCCACCAUGGACACACUGCCCAUUUUUGGCAAAGUGGUCUCUCAAGCAGGCACCAGAGAGGCGGCCUUUGUGUAUGCCAUCUCCUCAGCAAGUGUAGCCCUAGCAGUGACUCAGGCAUGCAGCAGUGGGGAACUGGAGAAGUGUGGAUGUGACCGCAAUGUGCAUGGCGUCAGCCCAGAGGGGUUCCAGUGGUCCGGCUGCUCAGACAACAUUGCUUAUGGUGUUGCAUUCUCCCAGUCAUUUGUGGAUGUGAGGGAGAGAAGCAAAGGCUCCUCAUCAAGUAGGGCACUGAUGAACCUCCACAACAAUGAAGCUGGGAGGAAGGCUAUCUUGAACAACAUGCUCGUGGAGUGCAAAUGCCAUGGGGUCUCAGGCUCCUGUGAGGUGAAGACUUGUUGGAGGGCUAUGCCCCCUUUUCGCAAGGUGGGAAAUGUGAUCAAAGAGAAGUUUGAUGGUGCAACUGAGGUGGAGCAGCGAAAGAUUGGCACCACCAAAGUUUUGGUGCCCAAGAACUCCCAGUUUAAACCACACACAGAGGAGGAUCUAGUCUAUUUGGACUCUAGCCCAGAUUUCUGCGACCGUGAUGCCAAGAGUGGGGUUUUAGGCACAGCUGGCCGGUAUUGCAACAAGACCUCCAAGGCCAUUGAUGGCUGUGAGCUGAUGUGCUGUGGGCGUGGCUUCCAAUCAGAAGAGGUGGAGGUAGUGGACAGGUGCAGUUGCAAAUUCCAUUGGUGCUGCUAUGUGAAGUGUAAGCAGUGCCAUAAGAAGGUGGAGAUGCACAGUUGCCGGUGAUCUUGAUCAGUUCACAGCCAUGUUUUUACACAGGACUAGGAAAUUAAAAUAUUUAACAGCACAAAACAGCAGGUAUUCAUAUAUGCAAUUUCAGAUGACCAUUGGAAAGAAAUAUAAACAUAGAAUUGAUAGAAACAAACAAAAAAAAAAUCUAAUUUAAAGUCCCAAAGGAUUUUUGUGAUUGUUAUUUUUGCCGGUUGAUUCUUUGUUUUUGGUUGCUUUUUAUUUUUGUAUGUUUUUAACUUUUUAUUUAUUGUAACAUGUAUUAGGUGAGAAUCCUGAAGUAGCAUUGCUCCCAAAGACUGGAUAGAGAGAGAUUAAGUUUAGUAGCAAAUGGGACCAAGGCCAUAGUUUGGAAUUUGGGCAGAGUUUGGGAUUUGGGUAGGGGUAGACACACAAAGAGUAUUUCUCCAGCGUUAUUGAUGGUGCUUUAGAAUAAUUUCAUAGUAGCCAGAUGUGCAUUUCCAUAUUUCAACUGUAUGUGGCCAUUAUCUAAAGUCCAAAGUUAAUUUUUUAUAGAAAUCUUAAGUACCUGCUUAAUGUAUAACACACCCUGGACUAUUAUUAUCUUGCAUGUCCACAUGGUUGGAACCAAUCUACAGCUAAUCCAGUGAGCAUAGAUCUACCUUUUAAUAAGUAUUCUUUUAUGAUAACAGGGUGGCUCCCAGUGUUUGUGUGGGUUAACACGUCAAGAUGUGAAGAAAUACUUAUGAGAGUAGGUAUAUCUACACUGUCUGUGGAGUGUGAUUGUUUAUCUAAGGAAUCCUUAGCAAUGGACCGGCAGGGUGUCUCCUCUUUCUUACUCUGUGCUUCCUUAGAUGGGCUCCAAUCUUAGAAUUAAAGUGAAGUUUACUUGCCAAAGAAUAUUUGAGUAUGGAAUUUAACUUGGUGCGAACUGUGCAGAUGUUAGGGCAGACAGACUUGACUAUACAUAGAAAAAUUAUGUGAAAAAGAAAAUAUACACACACACAGUUCCUUGAAAAUGUAUUCAUACCCAUUUUGUCCUGUUACAACAGGGGUGUCAAACUCCAGUCCUGGGGGGCCGGAGCCCUGUGUAGCUUAGUUCUUCCCCAGUUCCACCACAAAUGAUUCAGCUGUAGAGCUGUGUGGUAAUUAGCACAAGGAGUUGAAUCAGGUGUGUUAAAUGAGUGUAAACCAAAAAUUGUGCAGGGUUCCAACCCUCCAGGACUGGAGUUUGACACCCCUGAAUUACAACCACAAAGUUAAUUGUAUUUUAUUGAGAUUUUAUUUGAUAGACCACCACAAAGUAGUGCAUAAAAGCGAAGUGGAAAGAAUAGGAUUACAUGGUUUUCAAAAAUUUUUACAAAUAAAAAUCUGAAAAGUGUGGCGUGCAUUUGUAUUCAGUCCCCUUGAGUCAAUACUUAGUAGAACCACCUUUCACUGCAAUUAAAGCUGCAAGUAAUUUGGUGUAUGUCUCUACCAGCUUUGCACAUCUAGAGACUGCAAUUUUAGCCUAUUCUUCUUUGCAAAAUAGCUCAAGGUCAGUUAGAUUGGAUGGAGAACAGCAAUAUUCAAGUCUUGCCACAGAUUCUCAAUGGGAUUUAGGUCUGGACUUUGGAUGGGUCAUUCUAACACAUGAAUAUGCUUUGAUCUAAACCAUUCCAUUGUAGCUCUGGCUGUAUGCUUAGAGUCAUUGUCCUGCUGGAAGGUGAAGCUCCGCCACAGUCUCAAGUCAUUUGUAGCCUCUAACAGGUUUUCUUUCAGGAUUGCCCUGAAUUUAGCUCCAUCCGUCUUCCCAUCAACUCUGACCAGCUUUCCUGUUCCUGCUGAAGAAAAGCACCUGCUGCCACCACCAUGCUUCACAGUGGAGAUGGUGUGUUCAGGGUGAUGUGCAGUGUUAGUUUUCCGCCACAUAUCGCAUUCUUAUGGCUUUCUUUCAGCAAUGGAUUUCUUUUUGCCAUUCUUCCAUAAAGGCCAGAUUUCUGGAAUACAUGACUACUAGUUUUCCUGUAGUCAGAUACUCCCAUUUGAGAUGUGGAUCUCUGCAGCUUCUCCAGAGUGACCAUGGGCCUCUUGGCUGCUUCUUUGAUUAGUGCUCUCCUUGCCCGGCCUGUCAGUAUAGGUGGACAGCCAUGUCUUGGUUGCUCGUUGAAGCAAAUAUCUAAUUAGCCAAUCAUAUGGCAACAGCAGUUGUGCCAUACUCUUUCCAUUUUUGGAUGAUAGAUUGAACAGUGCUCUGUGUGAUGUUCAAAGCUUGGGAUAUUUUCUUAUAACCUAGGGUGACCAGAUAAUCCAUGUCAACCCGGAUACCUUGAGCUAGGACAAGAUUUUUAACCUACCAUUUCAAUUAAAAGGACCUGGAUUUCAGUUCUUGUUGCGUGCUGAUUGGUCAGCCUCCUACAAUCAUGCACGUGUCACUAAUGUUAAUGAAAAACAGCUGGAUGAGUCAAGGAAACAAACCAGUCAAAGCACAAGAAGAACUAAAAAAUUUUGCCAGGUGCAGGAGCCUUUCAGUUUUAAGGUAGUUUGUAAAACCUGAAGUAGCUCAAGUUGUCCAGGAUGAGAUGGACUAUCUGGUCACCCUAUAUAACCUAAUCCAGCUUUAAACUUCUCCACAACUUUAUCCCUGACCUGUCUGGUGUGUUCCUUGGACUUCAUGAUGCUGUUUGUUCACUAUUGUUCUCUAACAAACCUUUACAAACAUCUGUAAUUAUGUUGAGAAUAAAUUACACAGAGGUGGACUCUGUUUACUAAUUAGGUUUCUUCCGAAGGCAAUUGGUUGUAUUGGAUUUUAUUUAAGGGUUCAGGGGGCUGAAUUCAAAUGAUUUUUAUUUUUAAAAAUAUUUGAAAACCAUGUAUCAUUUUCUUUCCACUUCACGAUUUUGCGCUACUUUAUGUUGGUCUAUCACAUAAAAUCCCAAUAAAAUACAUUUAAGUU